AUGACGCCCUCUGGGGAGUUUUCUCUCCACCCCUUGCUCCCGGCUCUAAAGACGAGGAUCACGGCGAUUCAUCAUCAUGAUGAUCGACUCUACCUCGGGACCUCGACAGGUCAUAUUCGAGUCUAUUCUUGGGAGUUGGAUACAGGGGAGACCAAACCCACAGUCAAGCAUAUCAAGGCGUAUCCUGUCUCGAGAAAAGCGAUAGACCAGAUCGGCGUGUUACCAAACGAGCGUAAAAUUGUGGUCAUAUCAGACUCCACCGUCACGCUGUACUCUCUCGACGAGCUUCGGCAGAUCAAAGUUCUGACGCUGGCUCGUUACGCUCAUUGCUUUGCGAUUGCCUCGAACGCGACUGGGACAGGGGAUGUGCUGUUCGUCGGGUGUCGGAAAAAGAUUGUCGUAUUUGGCGCAGGGAGAGGAGGCUUCAAGGAAGCAUGGGAUCUCUCACUCCCCCACUCACCACGACAUGUUGUCCUCUCCUCGAGCCUUUCUCCACGUACGGCUCACCUCCUUUACUCUACGACCUCUUCAACUCUCCUUUCCAUUGAUCCAGAAUCAUCGACCCACCUAUCUGUCACGGAUAUCACUUUGACCGGCCCUCAGUAUUCACAAGAAAAGUCCGCUUCGUCCUCCGCUGAAGGAUCCGGCGGACCCUCAACGAGUGGGAGCGGUCUAUCGAAGGGAAUGGGUGUCAGUGCAUUGUCUGGUCUCGGAGGUUACGUCGGUCUAGGUGGAAAAGCUGCCAAUCCCGUGGGAACACGGACUGUCAAGGGAGAAGCAUGUAUCGCGAGAGAGGACAAUGGUAUCUUUCUCUCAUCUGAAGGUAGCUCAACCCGUUCGUCAUCCCUCACUUGGUCUGCUCCUCCUGAAAGCCUGGCAUAUUCCAAUCCCUUCAUCUACUCUAUCGUCCCCUUCGUCCCUCCCACGGCAUCCUCCUCAGCAUCGUCUUCCGUCUCACCACCAACAUCAGCUAUUCAAGUACAUCUGUCACCCACUCUGCACCUGUACACCACUCUCAUCUUGCCUUUACCAUCUGCCGGUGGACUCACAGCGCAGCAUCUAUGUCCCAUUCGAUCAAGCUCAAAUUCGACCCUGGCAUCAUCUGUAUCCUCAUCUAUCAAAUUCCUAUUCAUUUCCACACCGCUAGACAAGACUCUAGCGACGAGUGAGGGAAGCUCCAUCUGGUCCAUCGAAAGUGGUGAUCUUGGCGAAUGUGUGGACUCGUUAGUCCAAGAAGGCCGAGUCGCAGAUGCCAUUGGUCUCGUUGAGGCCGUCGGAGAAUCGGGCUUUGCACCUUCUCGUCGCUUGCCGCAUCUCAAAACUCUCAUGGCCGUCCAGCGAUUUGCACAGGGUCAAUAUCAGACCGCCAUGGAGACGUUUGUCACUUACAAUGUCAAUCCCGCGCUUGUUAUCUCACUGUUCCCGGCCGAGACGAUCUCAGGUCGCCUUCACAAUAAUAGGGAAGCCUGGAUGUCCCUCUUCGGAGCGGUCGAUGGCGCUUUACUUGAGCCUAGAUUUGAGACUCAACCUCAGGAAACGUCAAAAGGAUUGCUCAGCCGAGUCGCGCAUGUCCACAAGAAGAGCAGUGUGGAGACGUUGAAAAGCAAGAACGGGGAUAAGGACCUUUCCUCAACAGUAAACGAUGUCGUUCUCCCCCGUGCAGCAUACGAAGCUCUGGUCUACUUUCUGACAGAUCGUCGUCAAAAGCUCAAUGCGCCAAUGGCGACGACGGAAGUGCCGUCUGAAUCAUCCCUCGCACCUUUGUCCUCCUUAGCAGCAGAGACGCUCUACGCUCUACCUUCCACACCGUUCUCUGACUUGAACCCCGAAACUUUGCUGCGGAUGGCGCAAGUCGUCUAUACAGCUCUGAUCAAGGUAUAUCUAGUCGCCAGACCAAUUCUGGUCGGCAGUCUGUGCCGGAUAGAGAAUUGGUGUGAUGUAGAGGAGGUAGAGGGGCUUCUGAAGGAUCAAAAGAAAUUCAGCGACCUCGUCGACCUCUACCAGGGAAAGAAGAUGCACAAGAAGGCGCUAGCAAUGCUACACGAUCUCGCCAUGGAGGAAGAGGACAAGUUGGAUCGAUACCCUCCUACCAUCGAGUAUCUUCAGAAACUCGGUCCGUCUGAAUUGCCCUUGAUAUUGGAGACAUCCAAAUGGAUAUUCAAGGGAGACCCAGGGAUGGCUCUAAAGAUCUUCACUGCGGACAAGGCUGGUGUUGAAGCUCUCCCUCGAAUGGAGGUCAUGCGAUUCCUUGACGAAACCGACGAGACAUGUUGCAGCAAGUACCUCGAACACAUAAUUGAUGACCUCGGGGAAACCCGGUCCGAGUUUCACGAUAGACUUGCCGAGUUGUACUUGGCUCGAGUGGACGAGCAGAGUAUGUCGGAUAUCGAGAUGACCAAACCGCUAAUGACAGAUGGCCUGGCACGAUUGCUUGAUUUCUUGGCACGGUCACAUAGUUACAGACCUUACCGCAUAUCGCAAAAGCUUACCAGAGAUAUCCCUGAGGUCCAGGCUGUCCUUCUGGGGCGACAGGGACGACAUGAGGAAGCUCUCAAGAUAUACUUGUACCGGCUGAAAGAUUAUUCCGCAGCCGAGAGCUACUGCGCGCAGGUUUACGCCAAAGACCCGGACCCGAAGGGUAUCUUUUUACUCUUGCUAACCCUAUAUCUCCGGCCAUCAUCUUCUGAUCCGGUCUUACUGGAGCCUGCCUUGAGUCUCAUAGGCACACAUGGCACGCGACUCGAUGCAGAGCAAGUGUUGGGUCUACUACCUCCUCUUGUGACGAUGAAGCAAGUUGAGGCGUUCAUGUUCAAGACGCUCCGUGACGGAUUUGCCAGGAAGAACAAUGGGCAAAUCGUCAAAGAGUUGUUGAUGGCUAGGCGAGAUCAGAUGGACAGGAUCCUUCUGGAUCUGCAGGUCCACAGGGUCAGAAUCACAGAUCAGAGAUUAUGUCCUCAAUGUCAUAAGCGACUUGGUCAAUCUGCCAUUGCCGUCCAUGCUCCGAGGGGCGAGGUGACUCAUCUCCACUGCAAAGACUCAUUCGCUCUCACUCUGUCCAAGAUGAGAGGAGGGAUGAGGUAG